GUUUCAGCGCAUCUUCCAGCAGAGUUCAUUGUGAGAUCUCAGGUCAAGAGGAUGACAGCUCGAGUGUACUGCACCUUGAGUGCUGUUGUAUUGUGUCUGUCUGCAUGCUUGAGUACAACAGAUGCCGAAGUCAAAGUGUCUGGUCAGUGUCCGGCGACGCUGACGGUCAUGCCGUCCAGUCGAGGAUGUACUUCUGAUGGAGACUGUACUGGAGGACACAAAUGCUGUCAAUUUCCCUGUGGACAUGCGUGUGUGCCACCUAUUUUCACAAAACCAGGAGAGUGUCCAAGCAAAAUAACUGGAGCAGGAACGUGUGUGGAGUUCUGUGCCUAUGAUGGUGACUGUCCGAACGUUGAGAAAUGCUGCAGUAAUGGAUGUGGACAUCAGUGUGUGGCUCCAAAUACAGGGAAGCCUGGGGCUGAACCGCCAAAGCCUGCGCAGAAGCCUAAACCUGCACCGAAGCCUAAACCUGCACCGAAGCCUGCGGCCGAACCACCGAAGCCUACCGGCAAAGCAUGCUACAAAGCCUGCCGCCAAACCAUCAAAGCCUGCAUCGAAACCUGCCACGAAACCUCCGGAGGCUGCCGUUAUACCGCCAAAGCCUGUGCCAAAGCCUGCCGCAAAACUAACAAACCCUGUUUCAAAGCCUGCCACCAUUCCCCAAAGCCUCCAGUGUAUGCUGAAAACGGUCAUAAUUGUCAUGAAACGUAG